CCUAGCUGUACCCUGUCUCACUCCUUAUCCUCCUCUGGCUCUACUUCCACUUGUUGCUUUCAUCUCAGAUGAAAAAAAUGGGGAAGAAGAAGAAAUUUAUCGACAAAAAGAAAUCGGCAACCUUCCAAUUACUCGCCCGCGAUUCUUCCGCUCCCAAUUACGACGGCUCACCGGGCAGUGAUCGAGUCUUCGUCCGAGUCGACAACAACCACUACUCCACCGAUACUUUCUUCGCCGGCGACGGCCACGACAAUGCCGAAGACCCCGAUUCCAUAUUCGCCGACGCGCCUGACGAUUACGACGUUGGAGAGGACGAUAAUUGCGCUUUCGGGAGCUCGUCGCGGUCGGCGGCGCAGCCUCUGCCUGAGCAUGUCAGAAAGGAGAUUUUGGAGCUAGGGUUGCCAGACGACGGGUACAAUUAUCUCCUCCAUUUGAGGGAGAGUAAGAAUAUCGGUGGUGGUUCCGCCUUCUACCGUAAUCCAAAGACUAGGCUCGAUCUUGUUCCCAGUGAUGUCAAGGCUUAUGAUGCUUCAAGACUUCGAAUUUCCGACGCGAAAGAUGAUGCCAAUGAGAUAUACAUGUACAGUGUAGCGGCGGAGACGGUUGGUGUUAGAAUUCAGAGAGCGGUUGAUCCUGAAAUCGCUGCAUUGCUUGUGGAUAAUGAAGCCUCACGGUUUGGUUCUGAUGUUGAGGAUUUGGAAGAGGAUUUCGUUAUCCAGGCGAAUUUUCGGGGAGAUAACGAGAAUGUAUCUACAGACAAGGGAUCGAGUUUAUGCGAGAAAUUUGAGUCCAAAGAGGUGAUUUGUGAAGACCACACUUUUCGGCAGCCGCAGAAUGUGAGUGGCUUGAGUUCUCAGGAUGGAGUUGGAAGUCAUGUCACGGAAGCAAAAGAUGAUUCUUUUACUGAAAAGCCACGAGUUCGUCGUCUUUUGGAUGAGCAAUUUGAUCUUCUUGAAAGUCAGGAAUAUGGCAGUGACCAUGAUGAUGUUGAUGAUUAUGGUUACAUCGCUGAAGAAGAUGAAUCACUUGCAGAGAAGCUGAAACAUGCCCUCAAUGAUGAAACAAUCAACGAUUUUGAACUUGAUGAUAAGUAUAAGGUUCCUGCAGAUUUAAUUCAUGCUGAUGAUAAACCAAAACGUACAGAACUUGUGGAUUCUGCAAGGGAUUUAAUUCGGCGGUGCAUGGAAUAUGCAGAGAAGUAUGAGAAUGAUGAUCGAAAUCAAGAUAUGGUUAUUGUAGAGGAAAGUAGUGAUGAAUCAGAAGUGUGGGAUUGUGAGACUAUUGUUUCUACGUACUCAAACCUUGAUAACCAACCUGGUAAAAUAAAGGCACCAGAAGCAACUAGAAAGAAGAAACUUGCUGAAGCUAUGUCCGGAGCCUUGAAAGCUAGCAAUCCUAUGAUAGCCCUUAAAGGAAGAGAAAAGCUGCCUGUGGACUUUUUGCUUGGUGGUAGAAAACCCACCGUAGAAAAGGCUAGAAGUGCUGAUAACUUGAGAACUGAGCAGCAGAAGAGGAAGCAGCACGGUCAGGAGUCGAAGGAGGAGAAGCAGGAACGAAAGGCUGCUUUAAAGGAGGAAAAGCAUGAGGCCCGGCGUGUGAAGAAAGAAAUGAAGGGGCUUUACAGGGGUGAAGCUCAGCGUGCACAGAGAGUAGCUGCUACAUCCGGUCCAUCUUCUAUUCAUCUUAUGUAAAGGAAGUCUACAAGAUUGUUGGUGGGACAGCUUUGUGGCAGGGUUAUAAUCGAGAAAGAUUAUUUGCUAAUAUGAGUUUGAUCAUAAGAUAUAAAAUCAUGAGUUGGUUAUCGUUAUCCCUUUCUAGUUUUGGAUAGUUUUGACCUUUUUAGGUGCAAUGUUUUUUAUCUGGAGAAUAGUGAGGGGUUAGAAUUCUAAUGUGUUUCUGGUUGGAGAAGUUGUAAUUUGAAAUCCUUCUCCUUGUAUGCGAAAGAUGUUUGAAUCUUUUUCUUCCCAGUACGGAGUCUAGUCAAGUCAAUACUUUACCACUGGUAUAGAAUUGAAUUGACCACGAUGGCACAAUAUUUUAAAGGAA